CAGAGUGAGAAGACACCAACGACGACAGAAACAUCUGAAUCAAAGAAGAGGAUCCAACAUGGAGACGCAAAAGAAGCUGAUCUGUGAGGUGGACCUGAGAACCCAUGAAAACAACUCAAGGCAUCGAACCAGAGACAUCGACAGGGAGCGUCUGAUCGUCCGACGGGGUCAGCCCUUCUCCAUCGCCCUGCAGUGUUCGGACACUUUACCCCCGAAACACCAACUGCAACUGGUCGUGCACCUGGGUAAAGGAGACCAGUUUGAGUUGAAGGUUCAGCAGGACCGUGGGAAUGGACAGGUGUGGUGGUUCAACCAUCAGGUGGUUCAGGAUGAGAUCCUUCUGACUCUGCAGAGUCCAGCGGAUGCGGUCAUCGGUCAGUACUAUCUGGCCAUCCUCAUCAUUUCACCAGACGGACGCACCGUAGAGAAGACCAACUCUAUCCACUUCCACCUGCUGUUUAACCCCUGGUGUAAAGAUGAUGUGGUCUACCUCUCUGAUGACAGUCUGCUGCAGGAGUAUGUGAUGAAUGAAGAUGGAAUCAUCUACGUUGGAUCCUGGGAUCACAUCAGUGACGUUCACUGGAAUUAUGGACAAUUUGAGGACCGUGUGAUGGACAUCUGCUUCCAGAUCCUGAACAACUCCAACGAGUUCCUGAAAAACCCACAGAUGGACAUAGAGCGCCGAUCAGACCCGGUCUACGUCAGCAGGAUCAUCAGCGCCAUGAUCAACUCCAAUGAUGACAGGGGGGUGUUGACUGGCCGCUGGCAGGGGCCGUACUCUGACGGGGUCACACCUACCCGCUGGGCGGGCAGCGUGCCCAUCCUCCGAUGGUGGAGCAAAGACGGAGCCAAGGCCGUUAAAUACGGACAGUGUUGGGUGUUCGCUGCUGUGGCCUGCACAGUUCUGCGUUGUCUGGGAGUCCCAACACGCGUCAUCACCAACUUUAACUCCGCCCAUGAUGUGGAUGGAAACCUGUCCAUAGACUCCCUGUACAAUGAGGAACUGGAGAGCAUGGACAGCAGUGGACGACAGGACAGCACCUGGAACUUCCACUGCUGGGUCGAGUCCUGGAUGAGGAGAGACGAUCUACCCAAAGGAAACGAUGGAUGGCAGGUGUUGGACCCCACCCCUCAGGAGCUCAGCGAUGGUAAGUUCUGCUGUGGUCCAUGUCCAGUGACGGCCAUCAAAGAGGGAAACCUGGCUGCAAAGUACGACGCUCCUUUUAUAUUUGCUGAGGUCAAUGCUGACAUCAUCAGCUGGAUCGUCAAAAGAAACGGUCAACGGCAAAAGAUCCGAGUGGACGAUCAGUCUAUUGGGAGGAACAUCAGCACCAAAAGUGUCUAUGGUGACCAGAGGGAGGAUGUGACACUGCACUACAAAUACCCUGAAGGCUCUGAGGAGGAGAGGGAAGUGUACAGGAAGGCGGGACGUUCAAUCACACAUGCGACCAAUGAUAAAGGAGAACCAAAACUGAUGCUGCAGAUCAAACACGCCAAGCCGGUGUUUGGGACGGACUUCGACGUGAUCAUCGAGGUGAAAAAUGAAGGUGGUGCAGAUGUUUGUGCUGACCUGGUGGUCCUGGCCAAGACCAUCACCUACACCUCUGUCCACCAGGGGAUGUGUAAGAGGGAGGCCUUCAGCAUCAGAGUACCUGCUCAUCAAGUGCGUAAAGAAGUGGUGCGCCUGCACUAUGAUGACUACGUCAGCUGUGUUUCUGAACACCGUCUGAUUGGAAUCAAAGCCUUCCUGGAGUUCCGAGGGGAGGAGAUGCCCAUCAUGAGCACAGCCAACAUCCCACUGAGCACACCUCAGCUCUCAGUCCAGGUUCCUGGGAAGGUGUUUGUAAAUGAGCAGGUGAGCGCCACCAUCUGCUUCACCAAUCCACUUCCUGUCCCACUGAAAGGAGGCGUGUUCACUGUGUCCGGCCUCCUGCCGCCCACCGAGAUCCGCAACAGAGAUGAGGUUGCUCCGGGGCAGAAGGUGUGCGUGAAGCUCCCCUUGGUUCCCAGACGCACCGGGGUGAAGAAGCUCCUGGUGGACUUCGACUCAGACAUGCUGAAGGACGUGAAGGGAGUCGCCACGGUGAUUGUCCGCAAGAAAUACAAGCCUACGUUUAUGAGAUUCUACUGAAGCCUUUAGUGGAGGCGGUUUGACACUGAUACAGUAUGUGGAUCUGGAAUUGUACCAGAUAACUGUAACAGUGAAAACCUUUUAACUUUGCACUCUUUCUAAUCACACCCAGAUAAAAUUAGACUGUUUUUUGCCUUCUGUGUCUGAUAUUAUAUAGAAGUAUUUGUUGAUGGAAUCAGAAUCAGAAUCACCUUUAUUGUCCUUUGACAGUACAAAGUACAUCAAACGAAAUUGAGUUUGAUGAUUAGGGACAUGGGGGCGCUGCUCCUAACUGGUGCGCCACCACAGAACCCUUUUCUUUGAAAGAAUCACAGUGAAGAUAAUGCAAGCACAUCUAUCACAUACAUAAGACAUUAUAAACACAGUACACGUGGUCACGUGAUGGAACUUUUUCAAUGGAUUC